UUCACGCACCGGUAUCAGCUGCUAACAACACCGGCGAGAAGACGGGAACACCAGUAUAACGACUCCUCCCGCUGUUCACUUGGUUUUAUCCGGUAGAAUCCGCACUGAAUGACAGCGGCACUGAGAGAGACUGCGAGCACAGAUUUAUGGGGGAUGGCUUGCUGCUUGAAGGACGAGCUUCUGUGCUCUAUUUGUUUGAGCAUUUAUCAGGACCCAGUGAGCUUUGGCUGCGAACAUUACUUUUGCCGCAAAUGCAUCACAGAGCACUGGAGUCGCCAGAAACCUGGGGGCCCCUUGGACUGCCCAGAAUGCAGACGGACCUUUAUGGAACCUACCCUGUCUCCAAGCCUCAAGCUCUCCAACAUAGUGGAGCGUUACACUGCUUUCCCACUUGAUGCCAUUCUCAGUGCGCAGAGGAGUUAUUUUCCAUGUAAAGACCACGAAAAGGUCAAACUCUUCUGCUUGACAGAUCGUGCUGUUGUCUGCUUUUUCUGUGAUGAGCCGUCACUGCACGAGCAACAUCAAGUGACCAAUGUGGAUGAAGCAUUUGAAGAGCUGCAGAGGGAGCUAAAGGAGCAGUUGCUGACAUUGCAAGAGAGUGAGCGUGGCCAUACCGAGGCGCUACAGUUACUCAAACGCCAGCUGGCUGAAACCAAGUCCUCGGCCAAAAGCCUGCGCGCCACCAUAAGUGAAGCUUUUGAACGCCUACAUCGUCUCUUGCGGGAACGACAGAAGUCCAUGUUAGAGGAACUAGAAUCGGAUACCGCUCGGACUCUCACUGACAUUGAGCAAAAGGUGCAGCGGUACAGCCAGCAGCUGCGCAAGGUGCAGGAGGGAGUGCAGAUCCUACAGGAGCGGCUGGCAGAGACCGAUAUACACACUUUCUUGGGAGGCAUCUCGUCACUUUCAGAGCGGUUAAAAGGAAAGAUCCAUGAGACCAACCUAACAUAUGAAGAUUUUCCCACCUCUAAAUACAUGGGACCGCUACAAUACACCAUUUGGAAGUCCCUGUUCCAAGACAUUCAUCCAGUUCCUGCAGCCUUGACACUUGACCCAUUGACGGCGCACCAGCGACUAAUUCUUUCUGACGACUGCACGAUUGUGGCGUAUGGCAACCUGCACCCUCAACCUCUGCAGGACUCUCCUAAGCGAUUUGAUGUGGAGGUCUCUGUCCUGGGCUCUCAGGUUUUUGAUGGAGGCGUUCAUUAUUGGGAAGUAGUGGUGUCCGAUAAGACACAGUGGAUGCUGGGACUGGCCCAUGAAGCAGUUAGCCGCAAAGGAAGCAUCCAAAUCCAGCCAGGUCGAGGCUUCUACUGCAUUGUUAUGCACGAUGGGAAUCGGUAUAGUGCCUGCACAGAGCCCUGGACACGUUUAAAUGUCAAAAGCAAACUAGAGAAAGUCGGUGUCUACCUGGACUAUGACAAGGGACUUAUUAUAUUCUACAAUGCAGAAGAUAUGUCCUGGCUCUACACCUUCCGUGAAAAGUUCCCUGGCAAACUCUGCUCUUACUUCAGUCCUGGUCAAAGUCACGCAAAUGGCAAGAAUGUGCAGCCGCUCCGCGUCAAUACGGUACGCAUCUAAAUGUAUCUAUCUCCAAUUCUCUGCAGCAGAGAUGUGACCCGCGGCAGCUUCAUCUCACAACACCUAUGCAAGGCAAUGAGAGCUAUGAAGGUGUGGUGGGGGAAUUGGGCAUAGAGCAAACUGACAGUUAUCUAAGAGGAUAUUUAUAGAGGAAACAUAGUGCAAACAGUAUGAGGGCAAUUGUGUAUGACAGUCGUAUACACAUGCUCGAGAAAAUCCUCUGGCUUUGCUCAAAGACCUCUUGGUACUAGAUGAAAAUUGUGAGAUCUGAAUAAAAAAUAAAAAAAUCCAAACCAUCACAAUAUCAGCUGGUGACACUACAGCACUAAAACCAGGACAGUUCGUUACAUGGUCUAUGAAGAUUGAGCCAAAUUUUCCCCCCUAUCCCCAGCCCUUAUUCUUAAAACCUGACUAGAUUUAAAAGGACAUGAAACCCCCCAAAAAAAUAUUUAAUGAUUCAGACAGAACAUGUGAAUUUAAACAACUUUGUACCUUACUUCUAUCAUCUAUUUUGCUUCAUUCUCUUGGUAUUCUUAGUUGAAAAGCAUACCGAGGUAGGCUUAUGAGCUAGCUAGCUCCCAGUAGUGCAUAGCUGCUCCUUCAACAAAGGAUAACAAGAGAAUGAAGCAAAUUUGAUAAUAGAUGUCAAUUGGAAAGAUGUUUAAAAUCAAAUGCUCUAAACCAUGAAAGAAAAAAAACUUGGAUUUCAUGUCCCUUUAAAGGCCUUUUUGCAGUUUGUCUCAAUAUCUGGAGAUACUCAUUACAGACCAUCAGUGUUAAAGUAGAACAUUCUAUAUGAAGGUUUCCUGCAUAAGACCAUUGUGUUUAUUUACCCAGGUAACUGUUGUGUUUAUCUAAACCACAAACAGGCCUUGGAUUUCUCUCUUCUAAAAAUAAUUCAUUCCUUUGUUAAAAGUGCCUGUUUGCAUUCUUCUGCCCUUGACGGCCAUACACUGCUUACAGCUCUCUCGGUCAGGCUCUGUAACCAACCUGGGACCUUUUUGCAUCAGUUGGACGUUCUCAUGCACUAAAAUAAACCAGCAGUAUAGCCUCUGAGCACAGUGAUCCUAUGAUACUGAUAUGGAAAAGGGUUUGUGUCUUAUCUCGGUUAAAUGCAGACAUAUUCUAAAAUGAAGAAGCUGGAGGUUUGGUCUUCAGUCCACAGCAAGAGUCAACCAGUGUAGAGAAUCAAAUUCCUUCAAUUCACUCAUCUGGAGAUUAGCGCUUUAGAUUUUGCUUAAAGGGAUAGUCUAGUCAAAAUUAAACGUUCAUAAUUCAGAGCAGCAACUUUCUAAUUUACUCCUAUUCAUUUUUCUUUGUUCUCUUUAUUUGAAUGUAAGUUGAGGAGCCGGCCCAUUUUUGGUUUCAGCACCUGGGCAACAUUUGUCGAUUGGUGGUUACAUUUAGACACCAAUCAGAAAGUGCUAGUGUAUUAAUUUGAGUAAAUUUGUUAAAAUUACUGCUCUAUCUGAAUCAUGAAAAUUUAAAUUGUGACUACACUAUCCCUUUAAACAGUCUGAAGCAUCCUCUUACAUAUGUCACAUAUACCAGAUAUUGUAUUACAUUGUUGUUAACCGUUUGCGUGCGUUUCUCUGCAAACAGUAUGGAGGAAGCUGGUCUCCUUUUCAGAGAUCUAUUAGAAGCUGCUGGGGUUGUGUAAACUUUCAUACAGAAUUAAAAACAAAGAAAAAUGAAUGUAUUUACAGAAGAAAAAAGGAAAAUAACUUAUACAGCUGGUUUCCUAUUAUGAUCCUGUAGCAUUGUUCCAACAUAUGUUGUCUAACACUGGGUACAGUAUUUUUUUUUAUUAUAAAAGAAUUGCUCCAAUCAGAGACAAGUACAUUUUGUCUGUGCUUUGAGCUGAUUGGUCACCAAACGUUGAGUGCCUUUUUUGAUACAUUUAUUUUUUCGCUAAUCAGAAUCUGCCUUACAAACCAACUACUGCUGUUGGUGUUCAUACGCAAUCCGGAAAUGGCUAAGUGGUGAAUACAAACCUGUUCUAUGCAUCAUUGUGCUUCAGUGUUUAUUUUAUGUGACUGCUGGGAUUAUGGUCAGAACCCUCAUAAAGCUCAAGCUGUUAAGGGAAACAGAAUAAUAAUAAAUAUUUAAAGGAACCAGCAAAUGUAACAAUUGUUUUUGGUUUCCUGUUACCUAAUGAGCUUUAGCGAAUUUACCUGAAAUGUAAAGUACAACAUUUCAAAGCUGUUUCCAAACCAUCUAUGUAAUUUAUUUUUGAAAUCAAUCCAAUAUAAUCCCAGUAUUGAAGUUUUAAUUUAAUUCAUUGGCAGAUUAGAGCGCACGCUGUACAGAAGCAAAAUAAUCCAUGAAUGUUUAUUUGUAGUUCAGUCUGAAUUCCCAGUGUAACCAGUAAUAGAUACAAUAAGGGCUCCGUUCCACCUGCUGCCUCAAUCCUCUGUAUGUGAGAAGACACGUUUGUCUUCCCCAAGAUCAAGGUCUCGAUGUGGGAGAUCAAACUGUAAUGGUCAGACAGUUGUUUAGUUUAUGUAAUGUGUAUGUUCAAAGAGCUGCAAUAAAACCGACAGAAACAAA